GAUCUGUACCGAGUGCCAUGCUCUUGUUUGCCAACCCCCCCUCCUACUCUGCCCUUCAGCAUCCCAACGCCAGCUCAGCAAACCAAUUUGCUCUGGCUCUCACACCUCUGGGCUGCGAACUACACCAACCUUACGAUGGCUGUGGCAGCGCCAUCAUCCAAGUCUGCCUUCACGGUAGUCCGCGCACCUCCUCGUUCGCGCGUCCUUCCGCCUUCUGGCAGCUCUUCCAUUGCGGCCAACGGCUCGCACAUCCACCUGUCGGGUCACAGCCACAGCAGUGCCCACGCAAGCUCCAGCAAGGAUGCCAUGGAUGUCGAUUACGACGAGGAUGAGCAAGCAGCUUUGCGCGGCUACAUGGACGGGGAAGGAGGUUCGACUGCAGAAAAUUUCAAGGUGGCCACGGCUGGAGAGGCUAUCGCUUCGGCUUCCUCUCUCAUGCGUGGACAUGGCGCCUACUUGUCCAGCGUCGAGGGAGAUGAGGGCUCAGCUGCUUCGAUCGUCUCGAGCUUGUGCGGAACGGUGACGAGGACGAACAGGCUGAUCAGCGUCAGCCCGGUCAGAUGUCGAUACGCGCCGGAAGUGGGCGAUCUGGUCGUGGGACGCAUCACCGAGGUAUCGGCAGGUCAGAGGAGGUGGAAAGUCGACAUUGCAAGUAGGCAAGAUGCUGUGCUCUCCCUCUCCUCUGUCAACUUGCCUGGAGGCGUACAAAGACGAAAAUUGGAGUCAGACGAGCUGCAAAUGCGAGUCUUUUUCCAGGAAAAGGAUCUGCUGGUUGCGGAGGUGCAGACGGCUUUUCAGGAUGGAGCGGUAGCUCUGCACACUCGAAGCCUGCGUUACGGCAAACUUCGGAAUGGGCAAUUGGCGAUCGUGCAGCCUGUCCUUAUACGUCGCCUGAAGAGUCACUUCGUUCAUCUCAAGAGGGACGACUCGGUCGAUCUGGAUCUUACGAUUGGACUGAACGGAUUCAUCUGGGUGUCUAAGCAUUCGGACUAUGAUGCCACCAAAGCUGAGCAAGAGCAGGGAUCUGCCAGCAUGAGUACAGGCCUGGCUGGAAGCGGCGUAGGAAGGGACAUUGACGGCGUGUACAGCGACGUCAAUGAGAGCAUUCCACCUCACACCAUGCAGGCGAUCUCGAGGAUGUGCUACAUUCUGGCGUUGCUGUCAAAUGCGCACAUACCCAUCUCCGAUGCCAGCGUCGGUAGAGCAUUCGACGUCAGCGUGGAACUCGCUCCCGUGCAGGGAGGUGGCUUGACGGAACUCAUAUGUGCUCAGAUCAGGCAGGAAGCUCUGAAGGCCAUUGCUAGGUAGGUCUGCAAGGUGCAAUGCCAAUCUUUGUCCAUUCGUGUUGGGACUCUUGGCUUUUUUGCAGUAGUGCGUGUAGUGGAAGGAUCGACCAGCAUGUACACGCGCUAGAAAUGAGGGCUGCUACAAGACUGCUUUCACUGCGGCUUGAGCCUCGAGGGAACCAAGACCUCCCGGUAAUCCGCUCAUCAUCCCACCCCGUCACGUGCGCGCAGUGCUCAGCCCUUAGUCAUUCACAUUCUUGAUUGAGCUUGCUUGUUGAAAGUGC